AUGGCUUAUGGAUCCCUUGGUAGCGCCGUUGUGGUGAGAGUGCAGGAUGUGCGGAAUGUUCCAUGCUUGGAUGUGGAGAAAUGUGCUGAAGGUGGUCCUGUCAAAGGAAAGUAUGCCUUGGUCUUGAGCCAUUGGGGACGGCCCAGUGAAGGCAUGCUAGGCUCCAUCAAGUCCAUGCGAGCAGCUGCAGACAAGAUGGGGCAAACUGAUUUGGUGAUGGUGAUGCUCAAAUCAGAUGCCAAACACAUGACAGCCAAGAUUGAGAAGCUCUUUCAAAAGUGGGAGCUCAAAUUGCACACUGUUGAUUGGGACGUGCCACCAAAUAUGAAGCAUUAUCCAAAGACCGAUUGGUGUGGACACCAAGAUCUGAUUCGCUUAAAUGUCCUUGGCCUCGAGGGCUAUGAUGCGGUGGCUUACUUUGAUGGUGAUUGCGAGUUUCAGGGCGACAUCACUCCAAUGAUGCGGUGCGCAGCUUCAGGGACGUUCUUAAGUACUUCCGGAGGUAUGGGAGAAGCAUUGAACGUGGGCUUUUUUGCUGUGAAGCCAGACCGGCGUUUGGUGGAGGCUGCAGUUUUCUUUGCUCAGCAAAAUGCAUUCGACCACAACACUGGCUGGGGGGGCGCUGGCUGGGCGCCGAAUGGUGGCUAUUAUGUGGGUGGCGAGUGCGGACAGGGCUUCUUCUACACCUUGUUCUACAGGAAAAGCCCAGGUAGCCAAAGCGCGCUGGAACAUGUUGGCUUAUGGGACACCUUCAAGUCAGCUCAAUUGGACCGUUGCAUUUGGAACUAUCAGACUGACAGCUCCUGUCGAAAAGAUUUAGACUGCCGGCAUGUCCGAGUCCAUCACAAGCCCACAAGAGAACGGGGCUCAGAGAAGGAGUGUGACAAGCUGCAAUUUAGGCACCGGCGUGAUAGCCUACUUCACAGGCAGACCAUCUCCAGACCUCCGCUGACUGCUGAGCAGCUACGCUGGGCCCAGGAAGGGCGCUUAUUGAAGCAUUCUGCUGGGUUGUGUUUGCGACCCUCAGAAGAGGAGGGCGAUGGGACCCUGAUGCUACUAAGCUGUUCCUUCCCACCAGUGGAGCAAAACAUUCGCUUGGUGGGUGAAGUCGGCAAAGCCAACAGCUUUCUGUUGAAGCAGGGUGGUCAGUGCACCCAUGUUGAGGGCGAUGAGGACCCAGAGAUGAUCCCGAAGGAGCCGAAACUGGCCUUUCCGGUGGAUUGCGCUGCUACAACCAACCAGCCGCGCUUCAAGAAGAUCCCUUCCACUGCUGUGAAGGGCGGAUUUCUCAUACAGCACGAAUCAGGGCGCUGCAUUCAUCCAUAUGAAGGUGCAGUGGAUCCCAGACAGAACACAGAUGUGAUCCUUCACUCUGAUUGCAACACAGAUCGGAAGGCGCUCACGUGGAUUGAGGAGUGA